UUCAUGUAUAUUCCCUCUACAAUCUUACUAGUACGCUUUGUAGUAUAAAUAAAACACCUUUACACUUUAUUUGAUCUCGUUUUAUUUUAUACACACUUGGACACCAACAACAGUAACAACGAAAAAAAAAAAGGUAGCUUUUUAUUUUAUUCGUCAUAUAUCUACCUUUAUAUCAAAACUGCCCGAGAUCGAAUGCAUCUGAUCACUUCUCAAGCAAGGAUAUACUUGAUAUGCAGUUAUGUAUCACUUGGUGGAUUUAUGUAUGGUUAUGAUAGCGGUGUUAUAUCUUCAUGCUUGGUAAUGCCUGCCUUUACGAAAAAAUAUCAAUUAGGUGAUUACAAUAGUUCUGCUAGUGUUGCUGCUGUCACGGUAUCACUUGCCACUGCCUUUCUUGCAUCUUUUGUAUCUGGAUUUGUAGCUGAUAGAUUGGGGCGAAAACGAUUAUUUUAUAUUGGAUGUAUAUUGAACGUACUUGGAUGUGUUGUCGAAAUAGCAGGACCUAACUUGGCAUCAUUUCUAGCUGGAAGGAUCAUCACUGGACUGGGAUUAGGAGUUUUCAGUAUGCUAGUACCACUAUAUCAAAGUGAAAUAGCAAGACCAGAAAAUCGUGGUAGAUUGAUUACAUUAUAUCAAGUUGGCUCAACUUUGGGUAUGACUGUUUCUUAUUGGAUUUCUUAUGGUACAUUUGUAAAUCAAAAUGAUGAUAUCUCAUGGAGAUUACCUAUUGCGUUUCAACUUGUACCUGGCGGGUUACUUCUCCUUGGACUUCAUCUUAUUCCAGAAAGCCCACGAUGGUUGAUUUAUAGGAAUCGAUAUGAUGAAGCAUUAGACAUCAUGGCCUUAUUACGAAGUGAAGGGGAUAAAAAGGAUUUAGAUUUACAAAUGGAAUUUACUGGUGUACGACAAGAUGUAUGGUUCGAUAAACAUUAUACUCGGAAAUCAUUUGUGGCACUAUGGUCAACUGGUAUUGAAAAUAAUCUAACAAGAACUCUACUCGGUAUGGGUAUUCAUAUUUUUACUCAGUUAUCUGGUAUCAAUGCUAUAUUAUUUUAUUUACCUCAUAUUAUGGAAGCAUCUGGUGUGAUGGAUCUUACAACCGCCGUUCUAGUUGGAAAUGGGAUUGUGGGAGUGGUGAACUUUUUGGGUACACUUCCUUGUUUUUGGUUUAUUGAUCGAUGGGAUCGACGUCGUGUUCUUGUGAUUGGUGCUUUGGCAAUGGCUAUCUCGAUGGUGGUUGUGGCUAUUUUAUCUGCUAUUUAUGACAAUACUUUGGCAACCAGUUCGACUCGUCUUUAUAUUGGUACUACUUUCUCAGCAAUGCAUGGGGAUAACAAGGCAGCUACUUAUUCAAUGGUGGUAUUUUUAUGUAUUUUUAUUGCUUUCUUUGCUUUAUCUUGGGGUCCUGUUGGUUGGAUUUAUCCUGCUGAAAUUUAUCCUCAAAUUAUUCGGGCAAAUGCAAUGGGUGUGACCACAUCUGCUAGUUACUUUUUCAACCUGGUGGUGACUGUGAUAGCACCUCUGAUGUUUAAAGGCAUGCUUUGGGGAACCUAUUUAUUUUUUGGCUGUAUCUGUAUCAUCAUGGCUUUGGUUGUACAUAGUUAUUAUCCUGAAACCAGGGUAAGUAAAAAAAAAAAAGAUAUGGUAUCUUUUUUUAUUCUUUUACCUGGAUGAUUGACUCAUGUUUAUAUAUAUAUAUAUAUAUAGGGACGAUCCUUGGAGGAAAUCAAUUUGAUCUUUAGUGGGGCGUUGAUUGAUCAACGA